UGCCGGGGCUGCCUCGGCUUCUGCCUGAGGGAAAGGCGCAAAAGCGCAAGCGCCGGGGAGACGCUCCAUUGGCCGCCUCCUCCCCGCUAAGGCCCGGCGCUCCACGCAAUUAGCCUGAGCCAAGCGCGCCUUUUCGAGGCGAGAGAGAGAAGGGGAAAGAGUUUGCUCGCGCCUUCAGUGCAGCUGCUCGUCAGGGGAAGCCGCUGCUUCGCCUCCUCUGCUGCCUUAAUCGUAGCAGCAGCAGCAGCAGAAGAAGAAGCGAGCUCGGCUGACGGAGCGAGGCCGCCGAGAUGUUCGUGGCGCGCAGCAUCGCGGCCGACCACCGCGACCUCAUCCACGACGUUUCCUUCGACUUCCACGGGCGGCGCAUGGCGACCUGCUCCAGCGACCAGAGUGUCAAGGUUUGGGACAAAGGUGAAAAUGGAGAAUGGCACUGUACUGCCAGCUGGAAGACACAUAGUGGAUCUGUGUGGCGUGUUACAUGGGCACAUCCAGAGUUUGGACAAGUCUUGGCUUCUUGCUCUUUUGACAGAACAGCUGCUGUAUGGGAAGAAAUAGUCGGAGAAUCAAAUGAUAAGCUUCGAGGGCAAAGUCACUGGGUGAAGAGGACUACUCUGGUUGACAGUAGGACAUCAGUUACAGAUGUAAAGUUUGCUCCUAAGCAUAUGGGCCUCAUGCUGGCAACAUGUUCAGCAGACGGAGUUGUUAGGAUAUAUGAAGCACCAGAUGUUAUGAAUCUCAGUCAGUGGUCACUUCAGCAUGAAAUCUCAUGUAAACUAAGCUGCAGUUGUAUUUCUUGGAAUCCUUCAAGCUCUCGCGCUCAUGCACCUAUGAUAGCUGUAGGAAGUGAUGACAGCAGCCCAAAUGUACUGGCAAAAGUUCAGAUUUAUGAAUACAAUGAAAAUACCAGGAAGUAUGCAAAAGCAGAAACACUUAUGACAGUUACAGACCCUGUGCAUGAUAUUGCAUUUGCUCCAAACCUGGGAAGGUCCUUCCAUAUAUUGGCUGUAGCUACCAAAGAUGUGCGAAUUUUCACAUUAAAACCACUAAGAAAGGAACUGACUUCUUCAUCAGGCCUGACAAAAUUUGAGGUUCAGUUAGUGGCUCAGUUUGAUAACCACAAUUCUCAGGUCUGGCGUGUAAGUUGGAACAUUACAGGCACAGUGCUUGCAUCUUCAGGAGACGAUGGGUGUGUAAGGCUUUGGAAAGCUAACUACAUGGACAACUGGAAGUGUACUGGAAUUUUGAAAGGUAAUGGGAGUCCAGUCAAUGCUAGUUCCACUCAGCAGGGAGUUUUUAAUGCUCCUUUAGGCACAGCCAAUUCAAGCCUCCAGAAUUCAGUAAACGGAACAUCUGCUGGCAGGUCUCUUUGACUUCAGCCUCCUGUGCUGUCUCCUGCUUCCUGAGACUCCUUGGGAACAUGACCCUCUUCCAAUCCUGUUCUGCAGUAGCUCUAGGCAACCACUUUUUAAAAUUAGCUUUCAACACAAGAGUCUAUUUUUGGCCCGUCCUCACAAACUUGAUUCUGAAAGGAACCAUUGUUGAGGAAUCAACUUUUUGUAUAGGAUUGCCUUGGGCAGCUUCAUACAGCCGCAACCAUUUGAUGGACACAAUUCAGACUAUAUGCUGUAGAUUUAUGUUUUCCAUGCUUUUACCCAAAAAUAUGAGUGCUAGAAACACGGCAUUCUAUAAAAUUUAAGUGGUCAUGUCUUCAAAUCUGUUCAGUUAAACAGGGUUCUUGUGUUUCCAUUUCUCCCUUAUCUCAGAGUUACAUUUCAGAGGAAAUUUUUGUAUUCCAGGGCACAGCUUCGGAGUCAGAAAUAGUAAAUCUUUCAUAAUGAGAUGUAUACUUGCUGUUGGGUGGAAAACCCCUUUUGAAAAUGGGGCUGAACUCAGACAUAUUGUAUUGCCCUGAUGAUUCUAUAUAAACAGAUAUGUAAAUGCUGAGUUUUAGAAGCAGGCUGAUAUGAUAGAAUAUUGUUAUUAUUGCUCAGCAUCCUGGUACUUUUGUUAGUAACACUACUAGUAACACUACUAACACUUUUGGAGAUCAAUGUCACCAACAUCCUAUGCUUAACAAGGAAAUAAUUAAAAUUGUUUUGAGAAGUGAUUGAAAAGAUUAAAAUUUAAUAAACCUACCAAAUACUG